ACAACACACGGGUCGGUGCGCCAGCGUUUAAGAAAUCAAAACUUAGGUUUCGGGUGCUACCACACCACAGUGGUGUGCUGACCUACGAAACGAAUUUUUAGAUGUUUAAGAAAGCGGCCGUUGGUUCCCAGACGUUGUUGUUGUUAAACUUUGGACUUGAUUCCGGACUGUUCCAGCCCAGCGUAUACAGACUCCCUCUUGUCCCUCCACCUCUUACGGUCUCGUCACCCGUCUUCUUCCAUAGCCCAUGCCAUCCAGCGCGCCCUCUUCCACCUCACGUCAAAAAGCUGGGAGGUGAUCCUGCAAUGGGUGCCUUUCCACUCGAAAAUCAGACGGUACGAGGUCGCCGAAGCCGCGUCCAAGAUGGCCCUCUCGGAGGUAAACAUUACGUUCUUCCCUCUACCACUUUCAACAGCCAAGCGCCUCAUCUCCCGCGCUUGCCGCUCCUCGUGGGACCAAUCGCUCUGCUCUGCUCUCCGCAUCACCUCUCUGGGCCUGUACCGUGUUGAUUCCUCCCCCAGUCCUGGGUACAUGUGAGAAUGAAAACCUGAGCCAUCUCCCCAAUUCAUCUCUGUGUUUAUCAUACAAGACAUCAGCUGAAUAUCCAUGCCAUGGCUGCCUUGAAUAGUGAUGUGUACAUUCCUCGAAUAUCUCAGCUGGAUGCAAUGUUUCUUGACAGUGAAGUAUAUUCUUUAAUAAAGUUUCAGCUUUUGAGAUGUGUAAGGUAUUUUGGACAUGGUUUUGUGACAAGAAUGGAACCAGAAAUUGAUGUAGCACUCAAAUACAUAAUUUUGAAAUAUACUGUUCAAAAGACAAAGAGAUCAGUUGGCCAGCAGCUGCUGCAAGUAAAUUAUCAAGAGGGAGUCUCUUAUAGAAAAUUAGGAAAUUAUAUUACUGUGAUAGUAAUGGUAAAAUGGCUAAAGGAAAGAAGUAGCAUUGUAACUUCGAUUGUUUCACAUAGUGUUAGAGAAAGAAUGAGGGAGUGCAUUGGUGUUUUAGAAAUAGCUUUUCAGUUUAUACAUGUCAUGAAUCUUUUGGUGUUCCUUCACAAAGGACUGUACCCUACUGUGGCAGAAAGACUCUUUAGGCUCAGGCAUGUUCCCUCUGACCCUAAUACCUCUCGGAGAAUAUCGUAUGCUUAUUUCACAAGGGAAUUGCUUUGGCAUGGAUUUGCUGAAUUACUGGGAUUUAUUUUACCAUUAAUUAACAUACAGUAUUUCCACAAUGCUAUCAAAAAGUUUUUACCAAGUCUUAAUGAAAAUCAAAAUGACACCACUCAAGAAACUGAUGUAAAUUUUAUCCAUAGUACAACUUGUGUUAUCUGCAACAAGGCACCUGUGCUUCCUCAUGGAUUUGGAUGCCAGCACAUAGCAUGCUACUUCUGCAUCUACUCCAGUUAUGCUUCAGGUCCUACAUUCACAUGUCCACUGUGUAACCAUCAAAUAGAAAGCAAAGUUCAAAUUACACCUGCAAAUAUGUCAUAACCAGUUCACAUGCUGUACCUCUACAUCAGGAGCAGAGCUUCAUUGCCAUCUCGUAUACAGGACUCUAAUUGUCUUGUUUGGCACAUGAAGCUUCAUUCUCCACUGCUUGUUCCUGCACUCUCUCAUUACAUGAUGAAGUUGAGGGGGAAUGGACUAAGAUGGAAUCAUAUGUGCCUUCACUGGUGUGUAUGGUACAGUGUGUGUUUUAUGCCCUUAUGUCCCUUGAUUCAUGACAGUGAAUGACUCCCCAAUUGUAGAGAUCAACCAACAUUUACAUAUGGCAUCCACAUGAAUGAUGUGUACCAAUCAUAAACCAGUAAUUCUGUGUCAUGUGGAUAAGGAAAAAAAAUGUGGCAAUAGACACCAAUAUUCUUGUUGACCCUGGUGAUCUAGAAGAAACGUACAUGUAUUUACCAGAUGUGCUGAGAUCAAGGUUUUAUUUAGUUGAGAAGGAAUGUUCAGAUGAUGUCCACAUAGUAUUGUGCAUAACUAAUACAAAACAUAUACAGCACA